CCGGGGGAGCGGCGGUGAGGCGCAGACGUCAGCAGCGGGAAGUCCCGCUCCCGCCGGGCCGCCGGCACUUUCGGGCCGACCUGCCCUCAGCUGUAGCCGCGCUCCGCCUCCUGGCUCCUGCAGCCUGGACGGGCGACACCGGGUGACCGGAGCGCGAGAAUUAAGCGGGUGGGAAGGUGUGAGCCGCAAACCCCGAGGAGGGCGGGAAGGAGGAGGAGGAGGCCCCGGGGGUGGUCAGGGGGACUGGGGAUCCCGCCGGCAGAGGUCCCUCGGCUGCCGGACUGACUGACGGACUGAUCGACUGCAGCGGCCUCCGGUCCGAACGCUCCGAACGGGGCGGCGCGGUGAGCGGAGCCAUGGCCUCGGGUGGGUAUAACCCAUGUAUAGAGAUAAUUGAACAACCCAGGCAGAGGGGAAUGCGUUUUAGAUACAAAUGUGAAGGGCGAUCAGCAGGCAGCAUUCCAGGGGAGCACAGCACAGACAACAGCCGAACAUACCCAUCUAUCCAGAUUAAGAACUACUAUGGAAAAGGAAAAGUGAGAAUUACAUUAGUAACAAAGAAUGACCCAUAUAAACCUCAUCCUCAUGAUUUAGUAGGAAAAGACUGCAGAGAUGGCUACUAUGAAGCAGAAUUUGGACAAGAACGCAGACCUUUGUUUUUUCAAAAUUUGGGUAUACGAUGUGUAAAAAAAAAAGAAGUGAAAGAAGCUAUUAUUUCAAGAAUAAGGGCAGGAAUCAAUCCUUUCAAUGUUCCUGAACAACAGCUGCUUGAUAUUGAAGAUUGCGACCUCAAUGUGGUGAGAUUAUGUUUUCAAGUUUUCCUCCCUGACGAACAUGGUAAUUUGACAACUGCUCUACCUCCUGUGGUCUCUAACCCAAUUUAUGACAAUCGUGCUCCUAAUACUGCAGAAUUAAGGAUUUGUCGUGUAAACAAGAACUGUGGAAGUGUCAGAGGAGGAGAUGAAAUAUUUCUACUCUGUGACAAAGUUCAGAAAGAUGACAUAGAAGUUCGGUUUGUGUUGAAUGAUUGGGAAGCAAAAGGUAUCUUUUCACAAGCUGAUGUACACCGUCAAGUAGCCAUUGUUUUCAAGACUCCACCAUAUUGCAAAGCUAUAACAGAACCAGUAACAGUAAAAAUGCAGUUGCGGAGACCUUCUGACCAGGAAGUUAGUGAAUCUAUGGAUUUUAGAUAUCUUCCAGAUGAAAAAGAUACAUAUGGCAAUAAAGCAAAGAAACAAAAAACAAAUCUACUUUUCCACAAACUAUGGCAGGAUUGUGGACCUAAUUUUCCUGAAAGACCUAGACCUAGUCUGCUAGGAUCAACUGCAGAAGGAAGAUACAUCAAAAAAGAACCAAACUUGUUUUCUCAUGGUGCGGUUUUGACAGAAACAUCCAGGCCAGUUUCAAGUCAAGCGGAAUCCUACUAUUCCGCAUCUGCAUCCAUCUCAAGUGCAUUGCCACAUCAUGCUUCAGCCAUACCCUCCAUGGUACCUCAGCCUUCUUCAAGCUGGUCAUCAGUGGCCCAUCCCAUCUCACGCUCAAUCAAUACAAAUUCACUGAGUAGUUUUUCAACAGGGACACUUCCCUCUAACUCACAAGUUAUCCCACCAUUCCUGGAAAGUCCUGUUGUGAAUGAUUUGAAUGCAUCUAAUGCUUGCAUUUAUAACAAUACUAAUGACAUAGGCAGAAUGGAAGCAUCAUCCGUGUCAACAGCUAACUUAUAUGGUAUUUCUGAUGCCAGCAUGCUGCCUAAUUGCCGUGUGAACAUGGUAACGCCCAAUAAUGACAGCAUGAGGGAGACUGAUAAUCCGAGACUUGUGAGUAUGAAUCUUGAAAAUCCUUCCUGUAAUUCAGUGUUAGACCCAAGAGACUUCAGACAGCUCCAUCAGAUGUCCUCUUCCAGUAUGUCUGCAGUCGCCAGUUCUAGUACUAGUGGUUUUGUUUCACAAUCAGAGGCAUUUGAGGGAUCUGACUUUAAUUGUGCAGAUAACAGUAUGAUAAAUGAGUCAGGACCAUCAAAUGGUACUAAUCCAAACAGUCAUAGUUUUGUUCAAAAUAGUCAGUAUUCAGGUAUUGGCGCUAUGCAGAAUGAACAAUUGAGUGACUCAUUUGCACUUGAAUUUUUUCAAGUUAACUUGUAAGAUAUAAAUUGGUAAUUCGAGAAUUAAAUCCCUUUAAAGGUAACCCAUCUUGAUGUUACAUUUAUAAAUGCAACAUUAUAUAUUUCUCUGACUGAGAAUAUACCACAGUAUAUCGUGGACCCUUGAACAACACCGGUUUGAACUGUGUGGGCGGGUCCACUUUUACACAGAUUUUCUUCACUAAAUAUGUAGUGCAGUACAACACGAUUUGAGGUUGGUUUAAUUCAUGGAUGAGAACCAUGGAGACAGAGGACCAACUGUACAGUGUUAAACACAGAUUUUUCACUGCACAGAGCGUCAGCACCCCAACCCCUGUGUUGUUCAAGGGUCAACUGUAAAUUUUAACUUUAGGUAUGUAGGAGAUUCCUCUUCCAGGUAAUCUUGGCUUGGGAGCUUCUUGUUUUUCUGACAGAGAAUUUGUUGGGAUAUAAAAGAUGAAUGCUCAGUGCUUGAAGCUGCAGCUAAAAGAGAAGGAUGAACUCAUUUCCCAACCUCAGGAAGAGUUAGAAAAAGUCCAGCAUUUACAGGAGACUUCUGCUUCAAAAGUAGAUGACUCCAUAUAGACUGAACUCCUAGCUAUGAUGCAUUGUGGAAUCCUACAUACAAAGAAAAUUUAUGUAAACCAAUGUAUGAUGACAUGUUAAUAUUGAAUAAAAUCAAUUUUUCCAUUAAAAACACAACCAACUUUGGGUAUGUAGAAAACAAAGUUGGAAACAGUCGUAAAAGGAAAAUUCCAAAAUAGAAAUUUAUAUGCUUUUUUAUAUUUCUUUUAUAAUGUAUUAGUGCAUUCUUAGUUAAAUGAAUUAACUGAUAUUUGCUUUUAAGCAAGUUUAAGGUAAAACCUGUAAUGGCUAUGUCAUUGGAAAAAUUAAUACCUUAUUAUUUUUGAGGCCCAUGGGCCAAGGUGACCCCUAAGGGGUUUUCUGAGGCUUUUUGGAGUUUCUUAGGUUUCCGUGUAAAUCAAGAUUUCUUUAAAAUGCUAAGUUGGACAGAAGGAGUUAAAGUAAGCUUUCAGGGUAUGGGAGUUCUCUAUAUUUUGUACUAUUUAGAUCCAUACCACUAAAAUUGCUCAUGAUUUUAGCUUUAUAUCCAUGUUUUUAAGAGGAAGCAGUUUCCUGGGACCUUUCUCCUUUGUGUGUCCAAACUCACUGUGAUCUCAUCCAAUUUCAUGCUGUCAACUCCAGAUUUUACCCCUAGCUUAGACUCACUCCCUGAACUCCAGACUUAGAGCUUAUGUGUGUAUGUAAAACUGCUUAUUUGACAUGUCUACAUAGAAAUCUAAUUAAAGCUCAAACUCAGCAUAUUGAGAGCUGAGUUCUGGAUCUUCCCUUCCAAACGUGCUUAUCCUUCAGUCUUCUUCAACUCAAUAAAUGGCAAUGCCAUGUUUCUAGUUGCUCAGGUCCAAAACAAUGGAGUCAUCUUUGCUUCUUUUCUUUCACCUCCCAUAUCCAAUCCAUCAGCAAAUCUGAUAGGCCCUGCCUUCAAAAUAUAUCCAAAGCUGAACCUCUUUUAACCUCUGCAGUUAAUAUCCUGUUCCAGACCACCAUCAUCUCUUGCAUAGGUUGAAUUAUAGCCUCCAAAAACUCUUUACAUCUUUGAGCUCCUGCAGUCUGUUCUCCCUAAAGUAGCCACAGUGAUUAAUUUUAAAACAAAUCAAAUCAUAUUUACUUGCUCAAAACCAUCCAGUGGCUCCCCAUCUCACUUAAAGACCAAAGUCCUUAAAAUGAGCAGGCCCACAUUCCCUCUCCUGCUCACAUCCACUACCAUUUUCCCCUUCUCAUUCAGAUCUGAUUUUACCAAGUGUUGGUUUAUAUUUGUUUUCCUAUACUGGAAUAUAAGCUCCAUAAGGGCAAACUUUUGUGUUUUUGUUGAAUCCCAUAUUUGUAGCACAGCGUCUGCUUCAUAUUAAGCACUUAGUAAAUAUUUAUUGAACAUUCACAGUACUACUAAUAGAACUUCAGUUUUUGAAAGAAAGAAUAGCUUUAAUUAUUGGGUUUUAUGAUUUUAAGAGUUUUGCUUCAUGUGACAUUUAGUUUAUUAUAUCAGAAUCAUGUACAUUCAGGUUGAUGAUUAAUAAUGACGACCCAAAUUGUCUGAAAGCAAAGUAAUCCCAGUGGCAAAAUGAUUGUAGACUUUGCACAAUAAUCUUAAUUGUGAUAGAAUUGUCAUGAUGCUAAGUAGCUUACUAAAGACCUACUUUAUUUUACAACUAGAACCUACCAUAAAUGUCGAACAUAUUCCUAGCUAGAAACAAUAUGUCUUUUCACUUAUAUAGUAUCCAAUCAAACCAUAAGUUUACUGGAGUGAGUAAAACUAGUCAAUUUCAUCAACAUGGGGAAUGUGUGAGUGUCAUAAAAAUUAAAAUUCUGAGUUGAAUGAUACUGGAAAUGAGAGCAAGAUAAGACUUGGGAUCAGGAUAGUUUGGAAAGAAAAAGAUUAAAGACACCUAACUAUCAUUAAUAUUUCUCAGAAAUUGUGAUUUCAAAAUGAAAUACUGUUGUAUAACUUUAAAAAUCAUAAGCAUAAAAAAAUCGUAAGCAUAUAACAUAGUUUAGUAGAACGUACCAGGGAGAUAAAACCUGAAGCCAUAAUUUCUUUCCUGUUCAAAAUAUGAACCCGGGAUAUCUCCAGAUAGUGGCUUAUAGAUGGUGAACUUUUUUUUUUUUAAUACAGAAUCCUAUAAUUUUGUAUUAACUAGCACUUACCAGCUUAAACACUGUUAGGAUAUCUAAAUGGAUAUUUUUAAAUUAAACAACUGACCUGUAGGUUUUUUUCUGUGUAAGUUGAAUUAAGGUCCUGCUAAAUUUGUGUUCAGAGCAUUUCCAAUGCAUUUUUCAGGUGCUAUUUACUGAUCAUAGAUUUUAUUUUAUAAUUUUAAAAAAUUGGCAACCUGCUUCUUAUUCUCUAAAUGUAUUUAUACUUUCAUCUGUUCUAAUAUCACCCCACUUUUGGUUUUGAGGAAAGCAUGACCUCUUGCUUUCUAAGCUCUGCUUGUAUACUGGAUCCCUAUUCCUUUCUCUCCCAUCCUGUUUCUGUAUCCUCAUAUCACCAUUUAGUGCCUUUCUUAUAUAAACAUGGUAGCCUAAAAGAGAAAGGAUCAACACCUUUCCUACCACUGUCAUGCUCCUUCCCUUCACAUCCAGACUUAUGAAAUGCUUUCAGCCUCCAUUUCCUCACUCCCCCAGUCAUUCUUUAGCCUAUCAGUCUUUCUUUUUGAUCUCCUGCUAUUUUCCUAUGAUAUUCUAGGGAAAAGUGACCAACGACACCCUCUCUUGUCAAAUGUAGUGUCUUUUUAUCAGUCUUCACUCUGCUUGACCUAUCCAUAACCUAUCCUCUUGACCAUUCCCUCCUUGGAUACUCCUGAGGUUGACUUUCUUUCCAGAGUCUCAACCCCAGCGCUCAGAUGGUGCUAUUUUCCCCCCUGGGUGACCUCAUUACUGCUCAGGAGAAAGCUUUAGCUUUCUCUCACGAUACCUGAAUAUCUUUAUCAACUGGCUGCUCCUGUUGCAUUCUCAACUUUCAUUAAUGGCAUUACCAGUUUACCCUGCCACCCAAGAUAUUUAAUAGGAACCUCAAAAUCACAUUUUAUUCUUUUUCGUCCUCACGCUCAAAGAGUUAUCAAGUCCUUUUGGGUCUGCCUGCUAAAAAUCUCUUGCAUUUGUCCCUUCUUCAUUCCUGCCGCUUUCUUAGUUUAGGCCUUCAUUCUUUUUCCCUCACAAGAAUCUUUUCCAUGUUGCUCCAGUUAAAAAUAACACCCUGUUCGUCCAUAUACUGUACUACAUAGGUAGCAUUCCUUGGGAAAAAAACUUUCUGAGGCCACUAGGCCUCCAUGCCUUUAACAUGUUGUUUACUCUGCCUCUGCUCUUUACAACCAUAGCAAAUAGCCUUUAAGACCGGGCUUCUCCUCUGUGAAGCGUGAUCCUUCCUCCCUAGCUGAGGUACAGCUUUGUACAUACUCCUAUUGCAGAACUCCUCUCAGUGAAUUAUACAGUUAUAUAAAGUUUAUCUCAUUUAUCUUUGGGAUUCCAUCACUUAGCACAAUCCCUGGCAUAGUUGGUGCUGAAUAAAUGGUAGUAUAAUAGAGAGGGAAGGGUGAAAAUGACAUAGGUGUGAUUAUAAAAAAUGUGGACAAGGAUAUGGUUUUUAAAGGGAAAGGUAUUUAACCUGGAAGAAAAACCAGUGAUGCCAAGAUUACCAAGCUUGUGAAAUGCUUUACCCUCUGCCUCCUGCAGUGUCAACCGUAUUAGGUAGAAAUUUCACAGUUAUUAGGACUGUUUCAUAUCUCUGAACUUACUGCUUCUCUCUCUACUCUGUGUGGCAGAUUUAAUCUCAGUUCUCCUGUGGUGCAUUUUCUCAGCACCUUACCCUUGCACAGAAACUCCAAUAUUCAUGUAAUCAAUCACAUUUUUGAAUGUAGCAAAGCACCAUGUUAGGGGCUAGAAAUCACAAAGAGGUGAAUGAGACAAAAGUCUUGCUCUCAAAGAUGUCAGUCUUUUUCUUUUGCGAGGUAACAUACAGUAAAGUACAAGUGGACUGAUUUUAAAUUUACAGGUUGAUGAAUUUUUACAUAUGUAAAUAAUCAUUUCCAUCUCCCCAGAAGUUUCCUUCAUGCCCCUUUCCAAUCUCUCUACUCCUCAAAACCACUAUUCUGAUUUCUGUCAUCAGAACCUACUAUCUUCAUGGCCUUUUACAUUGGUAACUGGGCUUCCCUACUUAAAACCUUAGUGAACAAAAACAGGUGGUUGUCAAUUUCUAACCUAAUGCUUCAGAAAAACUAAUUACACUGUCCUUGUUAAGAAAGACUUAGAAUUGGUGGUCUAGGCUGCCUAGUAGCACCAAAUAAUUUCUUAUAUCAUAAAUUGAUUUAUUGAGGGAUUUAAAAAAUUACUAUGUGCUGUUAAAUAGAAUGGAGAAAUGGAAUGAGUAAGCAAUUUUUAGUCAGAACAUCUGGUUUGAAUCUUCAGCUCUGCCACUUAGAAGUUAUGUAAUAUUUAGCAGAUCACACUUUCUAUGGGCCUGUCUCUUAAGAUAUAAAAUGGAGAUAAUUCCCAGCCUACUUACCUCACAAGGUGUGUUGUAUUAAAUAAAAUAAUGCAUAACACUGUAAAUUGUAUAGUGCAAAUCAAAUAUUGUUAGUAAACCAACAUAUGCAUAUAUCCUGUGGCCCUGCUAAUCUCUAAUCCAAACACUCGCAGAGUGACAAAUCACUAUGGAUUAGAUUCUGUGGUAAGACCCCUGGGAUGACUUUCUCUUUAGAGUGGCUAGCUAUUGCCCAGAUCUGGGGGACUUCCAUUUGGCCAUAUUCUUUCCAGGACAUUUCCUAUUGUAUAGUGAAGAUAAGGUCAAUUAAUAACUUCCAGUUCUGAAAUUCUGUGACUCUUAAUUUCUUUGCCAAAAUUGACUAUGAAUUGGGAGUAUCAUGACUAUCUUUCUAAAAAGAGGUCUCAGGGUUUCCCAGGUGGCACAGUGGUUAAGAAUUUGCCUGCAAAUACAGGGGACACGGGUUCAGUCCCUGGUUCGGGAAGAUCCCACAUGCCAUGGAGCAAACUAAGCCCAUGUGCCAUAACUACUGAGCCAAUCUGCCACGACUACUGAAGCCUGCAUGCCUAGAGCCUGUGCUCCUCAACAAGAGAACCCACCACCACUAGAGAAAGUCUGUGCGAAGCAACUAGGACCCAGUGCAGCAAAAAGUAAAUUAAUUAAUUAAAAAAAUAAAGCUCUCUCCAAAUGAAAACACACACACACACAAUGUUUAAAAAAAAAAAAAAAGUAUCAUAGCUAAUGGAGCGGCCACUGAAAGAUUUAUGAUCUGUUUUGUUUCUGGAGAUUGAGUAUGAGAGGGGAAAAAUUAGGGUGUUUUUUGCAUCACAUAUAAUAGAAAAUUUCACGCUAUUUAACAUUUAACAUAUCCAGGAGUGGGUAGCAAAUCAGAGAUAAAUGUAUGAGUUGUCUGUAUCCAGUUUUAUGCCUUUGUUUAUGUAAGACUUUGUCAAAUUAAUAUUUUAACUAAUACAUCUUAGCAGAGUUUAAAGUACAAACUUAUCAGUCAGUAAAGUCAAAUCUCAAAAGUAAUCAUGUCUCCACUACUUUCACUACACAGAUACAAUUUUUAAACAAUUAUUUCUUCUAAAUGUUUUUGCUAUUCUAAACGUCUGCGGCUUUAUUAGAAAAAAAUACCUGUUAGUAAUUAUCUGUUUAAAGGGAGUAGCAUUGAUCAUCGUCUUUAUUCUUCCAUCUCUUAUUUCUACAAUUUCAGUUUACAAUUGGACUCAAAAAUUUAAAGAAUCACCAAAAAUUCAUUAAACACCUAUGUGUGAACAGUCAUACACAGUAAUUAGCACAAAAUGUUGGUGCUUCAGUAAAUCAAGUUUUCAGGAAUAUCAGCAGAUAAAAUAGAAACUCUUGUUAAGAUAUCAGACAUUCAUCUUGCCUAUUUUUCUUCUUAAACUUUAAUCAAAACAUUACAGCUUUGCAUAAAAUGUAGUGAAAAAUAAGUUGGAGUGUUUGGGGAUCCAUUUGUGGAAUUCAGUUUCAGGAGAUUUUGUUGGUAACACACUUGAUUUUAUUGGAUAAUUAGCUAAAAAUAUUGGUCACUGGUGAACAGCUCAGAUAGCUUUGAGAUGGAAAGGAAAACACAGUUUUGGGGUAAUGGGCAUUCUUAAAUGCAUGGUUGAGAGCAGAUGAACCCUUUUCGAGAUGACUUCCAUUUUAAAAGAAUGUACUUAAAAAUACUGUUGACUGUGAUGAAUCCAGAUCCCUGUAGAAAGGCACUGUUUUAUUUUUUUUAACUGUUCUGAGUAUUUGUAUAUGCUUCUUAAUGACUGAGAUGAAUUUUGAAGCACUGAAAAGCAUUUUUAAAAGUUCUCAGUGUUCCCUAGUCAGUGUUCUAUUAUUUAAUGUUAAGUUUGAUACUUAAAAGAUGAAACCAUUUUUAGAAUGUCAAAAUGUCUUUUGUACAGAAUAUUUUAUUACCUUUGUAAUAUCUUGUAUAGUGAUUUUUUUCUUGAUAAUAUAAUAAAUGGAAAAAAUUCUAAAACCCUUAAAAAAUUUUGUUGCUAUUUGACUUUAAAAA